AUGAGUUCCAACUUUGACGACGAUAUUUACGGUGGAUUUACUGGUGUAACCAAUAAACUGUUUAAUUACGACGCGAAAGAAGAUCAAGCAUUUCAAAAUGCGGUGCGAACGUCUAGCUACGGGAAAAAGACAACGACACCAAAGUUUUUCUGGAACGGCGAUAAAAUCGGUUCAGCAGAACCGACCACGGCCAUGGCCCGCCCGUCUACGGCAAUCCGGCCGGUCGGGUACUCGUCGCACAGUUCGAAGUUGUUCGACCCGCUCAACCAGGCAGCGAAGAAGAUAGUCGUGAUGGAGAGCAAAAAGGAGGAAACACCCGAGCAGCGGUACAAGAACCUCGAGACGAAGAUUUACGCGUUGCUAGAGGAAUCAAUCUCUAAUGCGUCGUACGAGUACAUCAACGAGCUGAUCAAAUCGGAUGAGUUGCACAACUACGAGCGGAAGCUGCGCCAGCUGGCAGAGAAGAACAUUCUGAUCUCAGCAAAUCUAAUUUCGACCAUCAUUGACGACUACUUCAACGAUGGGUACAGCUGGUGUGUGGAAACGAUUAAAAACUCAUACUUUUCUACGCUGGCAACCGAUUUGGAGCUGAAGAAGGCCGUAAUCUAUUUGAAGCAGGACGACUUUCAACAGGCCAUUGACACGCUGAAAUACUUCGAAAAGAAAGAGUCCAACAUUGCCAUCAAUGCGGCCAUAAAUUUAAGUUUCAUUUACAUUUUGAAAAAGGACGUUGCGGCCGCAGAAACAUAUGCCGAGGCGGCAAAAAAGAUCGACAGCUACUGCCCGGCGGCCUUCAUCAACAGUGGUGUUUGCUUCAUGCUGAAAAAUGAUUACGAAUCGGCCAAGCUGAUGUUUACCAGCGCGCUGGACAUCGAUUCGACCUCGUUUGAGGCCCUGUACAAUAUGGGAUUGAUCUUUAAGAAGCUGGCCGACCACAACACAGCACUGCUGUACUUUCGGAAAAUCAUUUCCAGCCUUGGGCACGAGCAACACCCGGAGGUUUUGUAUCAGAUCGCCCAACAAUAUGACUUGCUGGGUGACGUGAGUACGGCCCUCGAGUACUACCUCCAGCUGCUCAGUCUGGCGCAACAGGAUCACAAAAUUAUCCAACGCAUCGGAGAGCUGUACGAAAAGGAUGGCGAGCGGCAACAGGCGUACCAUUACCAUCACGAGUCGUACCGCAUCUAUCCAAUUGAGUCCAGCGUCAUCAACUGGCUCUGUUCGCACUACAUCGAACUACAGGUGGUCGAGAAAGCGAUCGGCUUCUACGAAAAGGCGGUCCUUCGCAACCCACAGGAUCCGUACUAUCUGUUGCGUAUUGCCGGCUGUUAUCGUCGCAUCGGAAAUCAACAGAAAUCGAUGAACCUCUUCCGAAUGAUCCACGAGCACUAUCCUGAAAAUACAGACUGCUUGCGGGCGCUCAUGCAUCUGACACAAUCGCAGGGGAACAGUGAGGCAUACGAAAAGUUCGCCAGUGAGUUGCAAAAGCUGGAAAAGCAGAAGGAAGUUCGGCAGCGCAUCGGCAAUGGCCGGCCACCAACAAGCAGCAACUCUCGCCUCUCCAGCGGAGAGUACAGUAGUGCGCGUGCAGCAGUAACUGCGUCUCACGAAGGAUAUCAAGCUCCUGGAACGGCUUCCGGACAUCACAGCACAGGCCAGACCGGUAAAAGUGCCGACGUAUCACCUGACUAUAGUAAUAAUUUUGCGCAGGCUGCGUACACUUACGGAGAUCCAUUGGGACCACCACAAGAGCGACCGCGAACCGGCGUUCGCCGGAAUCUUACGUUUGAAGACGAAUCGGAUGAAGAGAUAAACACCUACGAUCUGUUGCCAGUCUGA